AUGGUCGGCCUUACCAACCUCGCCGUCGUCGCCACGGCCGUCACCGGCGCCCUCGCUGCCCCGUACGCCUCCGGCGACGCCCCGGACUUUGAGCUCGGCGGCAAGAACCUCGCCCGUCGCCAGGACUACAACCAGAACUACGUCACCAGCGGCAACGUCCAGUUCUCCCCUGCCAACGACGGCUACUCGGUCAACUUCUCCAACGCCGGUGACUUUGUCGUCGGCAAGGGCUGGACCACCGGCCAGACCCGCAACAUCACCUUCUCCGGCUCGACCAGCGGUUCCGCCGGCACCGUCCUCGUCUCCAUCUACGGCUGGACCACCAACCCCCUGGUCGAGUACUACGUGCAGGAGUGGACCUCCAACGGCGCCGGUUCGGCCCAGGGCGAGAAGCUCGGCAGCUUCGAGUCUGACGGCGGCACCUACGAGAUCUGGCGCCACCAGCAGGUCAACCAGCCCUCCAUCACGGGCACCGCCACCUUCUGGCAGUACAUCUCCAACCGCGUCUCCGGCCGCCUCGAGGGUGGUACCGUUACCCUGGCCAACCACUUCGCUGCUUGGCAGGCGGCGGGCCUUCAGCUGGGCCAGCACAACUACCAGGUGCUGGCUACUGAGGGCUGGGGCAAUGCUGCUGGUUCGUCAAAGUACACUAUCAGCGGUUAG